CGGGCGGCGGGCGCAGAGAUAAGCACGGCCACCGUGACGGCAGGCAGGGCCAGUAGGCGCGCGAUGGCGGCAUCGGUGCCCAGGUCGCGGCGUCGACGUCUCGUCGCGCCUAUCCUCCUCGCGCUCCUGGUGGCUCUUGACCCGCCGCGAUGCGCAGCCGCUGGGUUCCAGGCCUGGGACCUUCUGCCGCGGCGGCUGGCGUGGUCGCUCAUGGGCGACACCAUACACAGCGCCGUCGACCUCCUCCCCACCUUCGUCGCCUUCGCCGCGCCCGGCGGCCCCGCUGCGGCCUGGCGCGGCGCGUGCUUCGCGGACAACGAGGCCGUCAUCACCCUCACGCCCGGGCCUGGCGGACGCAACGGCACGGCCGCCGCCGGCGCCGUCCUACACCUCAAGACUGCUGCAGCUCAGAGCUGGACAUGCAUGGAUCUGUAUGUAUUCGCAACGCCAUACAGGAUAGGAUGGGAUUACUACACUACGGCGCAUCAACACACCUUCGAGAUCAAAUCGUGGGAAGAUGCGGGAGAAAUGGAAUAUGUAAAGCAGCAUGGAAUCGCUAUUUUUCUCAUGCCGUCUGGUCUGCUUGGGACAUUGUUAUCCCUGGUCGAUGUCAUUCCUCUGUUUUCCAAUACUGUCUGGGGACAGAACGCCAACUUGGCCUUUCUUCAGAAGCGCAUGGGAGCUUCGUUUGAGAAGCGUUCUCAGCCUUGGUCUGCUAACAUAAGGAAAGAGGAUGUGCACUCUGGUGAUUUCCUCGCUCUUUCCAAGAUUCGAGGACGGUGGGGUGGGUUUCAGACAUUAGAGAAAUGGGUGACUGGUGCAUUUGCUGGACAUACCGCGGUUUGCUUGAAAGAUGAGAACGGCACUCUCUGGAUUGCAGAGUCAGGCUAUGAAAACAAAAAGGGUGAGGAAAUCAUUGCUGUAGUUCCAUGGGAUGAAUGGUGGGGAAUGGCCCUUAAAGAUGACUCAAAUCCUCAGGUUGCAUUGUUGCCGUUACACCCUGAUGUGCGGGCCAAGUUCAAUGAAAGUGCUGCAUGGGAAUUUGCUCGAGGCAUGUACGGAAAACCAUAUGGCUAUCAUAAUAUGAUAUUCAGUUGGAUUGAUACAAUGUCGGAAAAUUACCCACCACCUCUUGAUGCUAACCUGGUAAUGGCUGCUAUGUCAAUGUGGAGCCGAUUGCAACCACGCUAUGCUUCUAACAUGUGGAAUGAAGCACUUAAUAAACGACUUGGGACUGAGCAACUGGACCUUCACGGGAUCAUCACGGAGACGGAGAAACGGGGCAUGUCAUUCAACCAGCUGCUCACCAUACCAGAGCAAGACGAGUGGGAAUACAGCGAUGGCAAGUCGACAACCUGUGUCGCCUUCAUCCUCUCCAUGUACAAGGCGGCUGGUGUGUUCGCCCCCUUCACGGAGUCGAUCCAGGUCACGGAAUUCACUAUUCGGGACGCAUACAUGCUGAGGAUGUUUGAGGACAACCGAACGAGGCUGCCAGGGUGGUGCAACGGCGACGCGGACGGGCUCCCCUUUUGCCAGAUCCUCGGGGAGUACAAGAUGGAGCUCCCGGAGUACAACACCAUCGAGCCCUAUGCCAACAUGAACGAAAACUGUCCAUCCUCACCGCCUACAUACAACAGGCCGAUGCGAUGUUGAUUAAUCCUUAGUCGACCACCUGAUGCUUUGAUAUGGAGCAUGCAUUACGUGAAUAGAUCACUUACCUUUUUCUGUUGUAGCCACAGACGCAAAGUGUACCCAAAAGAUCAUGUGAAUAAUCAACUCGCAAAAAUUGAAUGUGAAAAGGCUGACUGAAGCCUAGUUUUUGCA